AUGGGGGAACGGGGGCUGGAGGGCCGGGGUAGGAGGCCCCAGAGGAAAGGAUGCCUGCUGCUGGCUGUGGCAGGAGUCACUUCCCUGGUGACCCUCCUGCUGGCCGUGCCCAUCACUGUUGUGGCUGUGCUGGCCUUGGUGCCCCAGGAGCAGGGAGGAUUGGUAACAGGGACGGCUGACCCAGGCGCCCAGGCACCUGCCCAUCAGCGAUUUGAGUCCGGGGAGCUGCCCGAGGAGGACUCAGAAACUGAUCUCAGCCCUAGGCUCCCAGCUGCCCAUCUCAUUGGCGCUUGGACCACGGGGCAGGGGCUAGGCUGGGAGGCGAAGAAAGAAGAGGCGUUUCUGAGCAGCGGGACGCUGUUCUCGGGUGCGGAAGGGCUGGCCCUCCCGCAGGACGGCCUCUACUACCUCUACUGUCACGUCGGCUACCGGGGCCGGGCGCCGCCUCCCGCCGUGGAGCCCCUGGACCGCUCGGUCACGCUGCUCAGCCGGCUGUACCGGGCGGGGGGCGCCUAUGGAUCAGGGACCCCCGAGCUGCUGCUGGAGGGCGCGGAGACCGUGACACCUGUCUCGGACCCCGCCAGGAGGCACGACUAUGGGCCCCUCUGGUACACGAGCGUGGGGUUCGGUGGCCUGGUGCAGCUCCGGAGGGGCGAGAGGGUGUACGUCAAUAUCAGUCACCCCGACAUGGUGGACUACAGGAGGGGAAAGACCUUCUUCGGGGCGGUGAUGGUGGGGUGA